GUGCGCCAGUCUUGGGCCGGGAGGUGGGCAGAUAGGGCAGCCGGUGGUCGCGCCGCGCCGACCAGACCAGCGGGCCAGCGCACCAGACCAGCGGACCAGCGGACCAGACCAGCGCACCACCGUACCAGCCGCGACCGGGCCCACUCCGAGACCAGAUGGCGGUGUUGGCGCUGCUGGGGGCGCUGCUGCUGCUGCUGGCCGGCGCUCGGCCCAGGUCCGUCACCCAGGAGGACGUCGACCGGCUGCUGCGCGACCUGGAGGACUCGUACCGCACACAGCUGGAGAAGGACCGACACAAUUCGCCGGACUUCCGCAAUGCUCUCACUGGGGAGCUGGAGAGCCCGUUCGACCGUCUGGCGGAGGAGCUGGAGGAUGCAGACUCAGAGGUCAGCGCCGGCCUCUACGAGGGCGACAUCGCCGGCGCGCCCUUCCAGCUGUCUCAGUUCAGGGUGGCACUCAACCCGGACGAGUUCCCGACACGCCGCUGGGACACCGGCGUUGUGCCCUACGUCAUCAGUCCCAAAUAUAAGAUGAAGGAAAAGUUAUUUAUAGAAGACGCCAUAAGAAUACUGAACUUCAUGACAUGCAUCAAAUUCGUUCCUUGGGAUGGCGAGGCAAAGGACUAUCUGGUUAUAUGGCCCGUCAAAAAGCCAGCCGGGUGCUGGUCGUUUAUUGGUAAACUGGGCGGUGCCCAGAUCGUCUCGCUUCAGCCGCCCGACAAAAGGUCCAAACGGUGCUUUGUCGCCAUUGGGAAACCCGUGCACGAAAUAAUACACGCGCUCGGUUUCUUCCACGAGCAGUCGCGCUUCGACCGUGACCAGCACGUGUUCAUCAUAAAGAAAAACAUCAUACCGCGAUUCCUAAACAACUUUGAAAAGCACGCAGCCGUUAACACCACCAUCGAGUACGCCUACGAUCACACAAGCGUGAUGCACUACGGAGCCAAAUUCUUCAGUAUCGACCGUCGAUCACCGACCAUGGUGCCCCUGAGGAACAACACCAUCAUCGGCCAGCGGAACGGCAUGUCGGUGCUCGACUGCUUCAAGGUGAACUCGUACUACGGCUGCCUGAACCGGUCGCCGUACGAGCGGCUCAAGUACAGCAGCAUCUGUCAACUGAUGGGAGUCAGAAACAACGAGGCCUCGUUCAACGGCUUCUAGGAAACAGACCUGAGCGGCCGCGCGUGCGUCGGUCGCUCCUGUCGGGUGCUUCUCUCGUCAUUCUUCGCUCCCGUCGAGUGCUUUUCUCACCAUCCCCCGCUCGCUCUCGUGAGAUGCUAUUCUCUCACCUAUUUCCCGCGUGUUCCUGUGAGGUGCUCCUCUUAUCCGUCCAAUGUUCGACGUGGUUCCUUAUAGAAGCUCGCCAAUGGACUCGAACAAUCGCCAUCGUGUGCCUGAUUGAAGUCGUAGUACGUGUAUGAUGUAUGCACUUACUAUUUUCAUACGCCGGCAUGCAUUUCCGACAAUCACAUAUUCAGAAGAGAAAGAGAGAGAGAGAGAGAGAGAGAGAGAGAGAGAGAGAGAGAGAGAGAGAGAGAGAGAGAGAGAGAGAGAGAGAGAGAGAGAGGAGAGAGAGAGAGAGAGAGAGAGAGAGAGAGAGAGAGAGAGGAGAGAGAGAGAGAGAGAGAGAGAGAGAGAGAGAGAGAGACGAAUACAGCUGCCAGGCGGGUGUCAUGCAUAGAUUGUGCAGUUUUCUGCCGUACCGCAGUGGUGCCGGGCUGCCGGGCUGCAGUGGUGCGCGUUUAGACAUUGCCAUAAUUACACAUACGAGUAUGUAUUUACUAUGUUCCGAGGAGGGAUGCCACUGCCCGUAAGCCAUUCAGCAAUCAGCCUAACUAGCUGGACUGCUGGCUGAGAGCUGGCACGAUUGGUGCGUUUUAUGUCAGGCGCAUUGAAGCACUACACUGAGGCAUUGAGGCACUUCUCGAAUAUAGGCACUGCACUCUGCACUAUUCACUACACAAAAAUGUCUAGCGACUUGAAAUGCAUUUCUAUUCUAUCAAUAUGUGCGAGUGACGCCCCGAGGGCAUUUGCUUAAUCGUACUGUUUUAUGUGUUCUUAUCUUUAUUCAC